AUCCCCGUUACACGAAGUUUUUGAUGUUCUUCCAAGUGUCUUUCAAUCGUUGACAGUGGAAUGUUUUUAUGAGAAGGCCGGUCGAAGGCCGCAUCUUUAGUGUCGGCACCUACCCUUAUUUAUUACCGCUAUCAUUUUUCUUGUUAGACCUGUAGAACCCUUUUUGUAAUAUCAGCAGCACUCCUGGAACAGAUACGCGUACUUGAAAUGUCGCUCCCGCUUUACUGCCUCGCGGUGCUGCUCGCCGUGUUCGACGUAUCAGAUGCGUUAGCGACACAACAACUGCGCUCGUCGGCAGUAGGCUGCGGGACACCAACCUUGCUAUGGUCCGAUGAGUUCAAUGGAGCAACCCUUGACACAUCUUCUUGGAACUACUGGGUUGGCACAGCCUACAAUAACGAACUUGAGUACUACACGAACCGCACCGAUAACGUACGGUUGGAGGGCGGCAACCUGGUCAUUGAAGCCCGCAGGGAGUCGUACAGCGGCAUGGCUUACACCUCUGGCCGCAUUGACACGCGUCUGAAGCGCGACUUUUACCCCGGUAUGAGCUUUGGCGGCAAGGUCUACAAUCGGAUCCGCUUUGAAGCCAAGAUUAGGCUGCCCAAGGGUCAGGGCAUGUGGCCAGCGUUUUGGCUGCUACCCAGCAACAAGGCUUGCGAUGCAUGCGGGCCGUACGGAGCUUGGCCGUACUCUGGGGAGAUUGAUAUCUUGGAGACCAUCAACGACAUGUCUACCCUGUACAGCACCAUCCACUACGGCUACCUCACGUACGGCACAUGGGGAUGGCAUCCCAGCAAUCAAGGCGUCUUUAAACCCGCCACAUUCAACUUGGGCCUGGAGUGGCACACCUACGCGGCUGAGUGGAGCGCGGGUCAGAUGUGGUUCGAGGUGGACGGCGUCACCUUCUACACCACCCACAGCCACGCCCUGGCUGACAACGGCUGGUGGACCUCCAGCCAGACCGCCAACCCCACGGGCCCCAACUCGCCCUUCGACGCGCCCUUCUACGUCAUCCUCAACCUGGCAGUGGGCGGCGACUGGCCGGGGCCGCCGGACGCCUCCACCGCCUUCCCCGCGCAGCUGCUGGUGGACUGGGUGCGGGUGUCGGGCUACGUGUGAGCGAGCGGGCCUAGCGGAGGACAGGUGUGUGAUCACGGUUGCAAGAUGGGGGCAGGAGUGUUGGCGGCUGCUGUCCAUAGUGCAUGUACGGAAAUGGGCCAUAUAGUCAAUGGGUCAUCUAUCUAUCUGGUACAUUCACCCGCACUCCACGGCUCCAGCAACGCUGCGAAGAAAGCAGAUGGUAGUAGUUCAGGGAAACGGUGACCUGGAUAUGGUUGGCCUCUUUCACACUGUAUCCGCACUUGUUGUCGAAGAUUGUGUGGUGUUUGUACCAUAGUUAGUCCGCCGUUUGACAUGAAUAUGUAUGAUACCUGUUGCCUCUUUGUGCUUGAGAAGGGGCGUACAUGUGCGCUUGCAUGAAACGUGGCGGAAGAAGCAAGGCAUUGUGUGAGUAUCGGGCUGCCUUGCGUUGCUUUCUGCCAUGCAUGGCGUUGACCACAGUAGUAGAAGAAUGGUUUGGGUCCUGAGCCCGCCUGUUAGCAUGGUGUCAUAACUUGAAGCUACCGGUAUCGAUCUCGUCGGAUACCGGUAACUGUUGGCGUUAUCGGUUUCCCGGAUAUUACGGUACUUGAGUGUACGACCGAUUAAGAUCGCAAUCAGGCGUGCGUUUAUAUCUUUAUCCGAACAUGCCUACCACUCUUUGUGAACUCCCCUGGCGACCGACGCUUCGCGUAUUGCUGCCUUGCGUUUCGUGACUUGGAUUUUAGCAACCCUAUUUAAGACGGUGGUGUCGAUCAUUGUACCGGUAUUACUACUGUUACAUGACGGUUCUCCUUGGCAGAGGCAGUGGGCCCUUUUCCUUUCCCCCCGAGGCCACGGCGUCUUUUGUGCCCAUGCAGGAUGCCUACCUCGACCCGCAGUGAGUCACAAGUUUAGCCCCUUCUGAUUCGUAUGGUUUCCUGUUGAAGGCCAUUCGCACGGCGAAAGACCACCAGCCAUCGCAGUGUGCAUGGAGCCAGUGCCCGGCGCGGGCCUUCCGUGUCUAGUGUGGCGACUCUUUCCCUCUCUCAUUGUCGUGUUGCGUAGGGGCAUGGGUACGUUUGGGUACGUUUCCCCUACUAACGCUGAACAGGUCUGCAUCAUGCGCUGGCGGGGUGUUAAGAAAACUGGCGGCGAGCUGGCUGCUUGGGGUUGGCCACACGCUUGCACCCCGUGGGCCGCAGGGUGCGCAAACCGCACGUUGGCCAUGCUGCCUUUUAACGGGUUUGGGGUUUGGUGCGUGUGUUUUGGACAGGAUGCGGCCCACACCAUGCGCCGUGCGAGCCUAGGUUCCUUGCCUUCGCUCCUCUCUGGUCCGUGGGGGUGGGGACUUGUUGCCGUGUUCACCUCCAACAAUGCUAGAGCUGAAAACAGCGUCGGUAUCUCUAUGAAGGGCACGGACUUCCUAAGAAGAGGGCAUCUAAGUGCAACCACGCCUCCGUACUCCCCUUGUCGCAUGCGGUAAUGAUGCACACGAUGCAGCUGCCAAUCCGCUUCGUGAUGAGCUGGCGGGUGCGCUCUACGGGUACGGGUUGUUUAAAGCAGUGCGGGUGGAAAGUGGUAGUUGGAGAGUAUCAAGAGGCACUACUGGACUGUACGG